AUGAAGAAAUUCGAUAACUAUGAUUCAUUUUUGAAACUAACAAAUAGAAUGUCAGAGAAUUCAACCCCAAUAGGAAAUAUAGUUUAACAAAAACCUCAUUCUCACCCAACCAUUCUAAAUGGAAUGAGGAAUAAAAAUACUUAAUCUUAUAAAACUCUAUGUUCACCUUCAAGGAUUUUUGACUACUCUGAUACUCCUGAAAUAGCUUAAAACUAAAAAAAUAAGUAUGAAGCAAGUGAAAGGAAACGAUAAAUAGAAGCAAAUACUACAAGAACAAUUAAUCCAAGCAUCGAAAAAUGCAAUUCACCUCAACACUCGAGAAUACAAUCAAGCACUCGUUACAAUGUAAAUUAGGAGAGUACCUACAAAGAACCCAAACGCUAAGUAAAAGCAUGUACUCAAAAAUCAUAGGAUUUCAAUCAUCGAAUAAAUUUACCAAUUAGCUAAAUGUAAGUUAAUGAUGGCAAUGAAGAAUACGGAAAUUCUCGAACACAUAAAAAGUCAUCAUCUAUUCAGACUUUCGUUAAUCUAUAAAGUUCUCCUAUUUAAAAUGAAUUCUUUUCAAUAUACACUGAUAGAACAAGAGGAGCUCAAUAUGAGGAUAGUUUCCGCCACUUAUUAACAAGUUAUUAAAAGGCUAAUUAAAUCAAAAAUGAAGGCAAAAAGAAAUAUCCCUAAAGUCGAUUAAUCUAUGAAUAGACAAAAUUAGCAGAACAAAAAGUCUUAAAACCUCAUAAUAAAGUGUUUUAAUAGAGUGAAAAUGAAUAAAAGGUAAAAUACAUUAAAAAAGGGUAAGGAGAUUGGAACUUAAAUCAACAGAAGUCUAAUUUUAAGAUUUAUUGA